CUCCUGUUUCUCCUAUUGAUCCAGCACAGAUAUAUUAAGAUACCUGAGAAAUGCUUACAUCGCAUAUUUAUGUCAUGUCUUGCAAAUUGCUCAGGACUGGGCAGGCUGGGUGUUGGGUCAUGAGUUGGAUGAGAUGGAAAACAUGGAUACUAGAGCCCCAGAUAAUUUUGUAGCUGUUAGUCUACUAAUGACCCAAAUUCUACCUUGUGAUUCAGUCCAGUAAGAAUUGCCAUUGAGUGAUAAUGACCUGCGUGUAACAGUUAUAUUUCUUUCUUAAUUUCUUUAGGGAGAACAUCUUUGGUCCUACAGUUUUCUUGAUGCUGACAUUUUUCUAAGUGGUCUUGAAUAGCGUCCUUUUUACAUAGACAACUGGCUAGACCUAAUAUUUUCCUCUAUAGAAGCCUAUAACCUACAGUUGCCAGAUAUUUAAAUACAUUGCUUUUACGAUUUCAUCUACAUUUAACUGGAGACUUCUUCUUUCCUUAUCCUAAAAUGUUGAGAUACUGGGGAGAGAUACCAAUAUCAUCAAGCCAAACCAACAGAAGUUCCUUUGAUCUGCUUCCACGGGAGUUCCGUCUGGUAGAAGUUCAUGACCCACCCCUGCACCAACCCUCAGCCAACAAGCCCAAGCCCCCAACUAUGCUAGACAUCCCCUCAGAGCCAUGCAGCCUCACCAUCCAUACCAUUCAGUUGAUCCAACACAACCGACGUCUUCGCAACCUUAUUGCCACAGCUCAGGCCCAGAAUCAGCAGCAGACAGAAGGAGUAAAGACUGAGGAGAGUGAACCUCUUCCUUCCUGCCCUGGGUCACCUCCUCUCCCUGAUGAUCUCCUACCUUUAGAUUGUAAGAAUCCUAAUGCACUAUUCCAGAUCCGGCACAGUGACCCAGAGAGUGACUUUUAUCGUGGAAAAGGGGAACCUGUGACUGAACUCAGCUGGCACUCCUGUCGGCAGCUCCUCUACCAGGCAGUAGCCACAAUCCUGGCCCACGCAGGCUUCGAAUGUGCUAAUGAAAGUGUCCUGGAGACCCUAACUGAUGUGGCACAUGAGUAUUGCCUUAAGUUCACCAAGUUGCUGCGAUUUGCUGUGGAUCGGGAGGCCCAGCUGGGACAGACUCCUUUCCCUGAUGUUAUGGAGCAGGUAUUCCAUGAAGUGGGUAUUGGCAGUGUGCUCUCCCUCCAGAAGUUCUGGCAGCAUCGCAUCAAGGACUAUCACAGUUACAUGCUACAGAUUAGUAAGCAGCUUUCUGAAGAAUAUGAAAGGAUUGUCAAUCCUGAGAAAGCCACAGAGGACACUAAACCUGUGAAGAUAAAGGAGGAACCUGUGAGUGACAUCACCUUUCCUGUCAGUGAAGAACUGGAGGCUGACCUUGCUUCUGGGGACCAGUCACUACCCAUGGGAGUCCUUGGGGUUCAGAGUGAGCGCUUUCCAUCUAACCUGGAGGUUGAAGCUUCACCACAGGCUUCAAGUGCAGAGGUAAAUGCUUCUCCUCUUUGGAAUCUGGCCCACGUGAAAAUGGAGCCUCAAGAGAGUGAAGAAGGCAAUGUCUCUGGGCAUGGUGUGCUGGGCAGUGAUGUCUUCGAGGAGCCCAUGUCAGGCAUGAGUGAAGCUGGGAUCCCUCAGAGCCCUGAUGAGUCAGACAGCAGCUAUGGUUCUCACUCCACUGAUAGCCUCAUGGGGUCCUCACCUGUUUUCAACCAGCGCUGCAAGAAGAGGAUGAGGAAGAUAUAAAAAGAAAAAAAGGAGAUUUCCUAUCUAGAACUACUACAGAAAAGCUUGAUGUAUUAGAAUUUGUUUCCAUAAGCAGUGAUUUAAUUCUUAUUCCUCAUACAGGGGGCUUUCCUAAUUUCAAAGGAACUGGAUUUAACUAAACAAGGUUGCAUUUUACUUUUGCAGCCAAUUUUUAUAAUUUUUCACAACAACCAAGCCACUGUUCACAGGUGAAAUAUGCUGGUGUAGUAAUCAGAAGACCAAAGGACCAUCCCUGACUAUUGUCUUUUCUGUGACUAAACGUGUUCCUUAGCUUCUGUAUAGCCAUUUCUCUUGCACACCUGAGAAGAAUCAUACCUCUUUGACCUCUGUUAUAGAGAAGAUUGAGGUGUUUGUUGUACUUCAAAACUGUAUUUGAAAAGACAAGUAAAUAUAUGC